UCUGAAAAGCGCGCGAGAUUGUUUUAUAACAUUUACUUCAUUGUAGUUUGUUAAUAGAUUUCUUAAUUUUUGAAAUUUUAAAAUGGAUAGAAUAGAUGGAGUACCCAAACGAUCACAUAAAACACCUUUGUUAACUUCUCUGAAACAAUGUGUGAAAAAAAUUGAAAAUGAAGUAAGCGAUCUGAAACACUCUUUUAAUGCGAUUUCUUUGGAUUCUGAAGAAAAUGAAAAUAAAGCCUUAUUUUACUUUGAGAAGAGUCACAGCAUUAAAAAAGAAGUUAGUUCUUUGCAACAUGACAGUCAAAAAUUAAAAUCAUUAUUGAAUGCUAAAGUUGGGCGAACGAAAUCUUAUUUUUAUGACAUGGAAGAUUUGACUUUGGAUAUUGAAGAUGAGAUAGGAAUUUUGGAAAGACAUCUGAAAAACCAUGGUUAUGAACCUCUUGAAUUGGACACAUCUAGCAUUCAUGAAACUGAAUUGGUUGCUGAUUCCAGCUACUCUGAAAAUGAAAUCGCAGAAAAUGAUGUAUCAUUGACUCCUCAAUUCGAUAUUCCCUCUGUAUCAUUUCCUCAAAAAAAGGAGGAACAGCCAAUAAAAGAAGUUGUUGAAGUUGAGCCUUCAACUCCAGAAUUAAAAAUACAGGAGCCAAAGCCUGAAAGGAAGCCACGCCAUGUACUCCCAAGUCCUUUACCAUAUCCCAAUAUAGGAUCAGCUUCAAGACUUGGUGAUGUUGCUAGACGUUUGGAUUUUUAAAUUUGUAUUUGCUGUUUUGUAUUUUGAAUUAUUAUUACUUUAUUGU